CACAGCGCCCAUGCAGGGCAGAGCGGCGCCGCUGUCCCCGCUCCCCUGCGGGCACCGAGUGCCACCCGGGGCCGAGCUGCGGGGUGGUGGCACUUUGCCUCCUCCUGUCCCCUUUCGGGGCUCGGGGACGCUCGGAGGGCCCCGUGCCGAGAGCGCUGCGGGGCUGACCGGGCACCCAGCGCCUGCCGCGCACCCCGGGGGCGCUGCAGCAUCCCCCGCCGCUCCUGCCCUCCUCCUGCCGCUCUCCUCCUCCUCCUCCUCCCCCCGGAAAGCAGCCCGGCCCACCGCCGCCGGAACAAAAGGGGCGGCCGAAGGUGGCGGCGUGGCCGCGCCCGCUGCUCCCGCCGCUCCGCCACCAUGUCCGCCAGCGGCGGCAGCUCCCCCGGCAAUGCCGUGAAGAAGCGGAGCCCCGCCGGCUCGGCCGCCUCGCUGGCGCAGGAGGACGAGAAGCAGGCGAGGGAGAAGAUGCUGGAAGGGGCGCAGGAAAACGGCUGUGCCCGCUCGCCAUCGCCCUGCGGCUCGGCGGAGGCGGAGGGGGUGACCCUGAAGCGGAACAUCACCCUGCUGAACGGCGUGGCCAUCAUCGUGGGCACCAUCAUCGGCUCCGGCAUCUUCGUCACCCCCACGGGCGUGCUGCGGGAGGCCGGCUCGCCGGGGCUCUCGCUCGUGGUCUGGGCCGUGUGCGGCGCCUUCUCCAUCGUGGGCGCUCUGUGCUACGCCGAGCUCGGCACCACCAUCACCAAGUCCGGCGGGGACUACGCCUACAUGCUGGAGGUGUACGGCUCCCUGCCCGCCUUCCUCAAGCUCUGGAUAGAGCUGCUCAUCAUCCGGCCCUCCUCGCAGUACAUCGUGGCUCUGGUGUUCGCCACCUACCUGCUCAAGCCCAUCUUCCCCACCUGCCCCGUGCCCGACGAGGCUGCCAAGCUGGUGGCGUGUCUGUGUGUCCUGCUGCUGACAGCUGUGAACUGCUACAGUGUCAAAGCUGCCACCCGUGUGCAGGACGCCUUCGCUGCGGCCAAGCUGCUGGCGCUGGCUCUCAUCAUCAUCCUGGGCUUCGUGCAGCUGGCAAAGGGUGAUGUGGAAAACCUGACCCCUGAGAAAUCCUUCGAGGGCACCAAGGUGGGCGUUGGGAACAUCGUGCUGGCUCUCUACAGCGGCCUCUUUGCCUAUGGAGGAUGGAAUUACUUGAAUUUUGUGACAGAAGAGAUGAUAAAUCCCUACAGAAACCUGCCCCUGGCUAUCAUCAUCUCCCUGCCUGUCGUCACGCUGGUGUAUGUGCUGACCAACUUGGCUUACUUCACCACGCUGAGCACCGAGCAGAUGCUGACGUCCGAGGCCGUGGCUGUGGAUUUUGGGAACUACCACCUCGGUGUCAUGUCCUGGAUCAUCCCUGUCUUUGUUGGGCUCUCGUGCUUUGGGUCUGUCAAUGGAUCUCUUUUCACUUCUUCCCGGCUGUUCUUCGUGGGAUCCCGAGAGGGGCACCUGCCUUCCAUCCUGUCCAUGAUCCACCCCCGGCUGCUCACCCCGGUCCCGUCCCUCGUGUUCACGUGUGUCAUGACCCUGCUCUAUGCCUUCUCCAACAACAUCUUCUCAGUCAUCAACUUCUUCAGCUUCUUCAACUGGCUGUGUGUGGCCCUGGCCAUCAUCGGGAUGAUGUGGCUGCGCUACAAGAAGCCAGAGCUGGAGAGGCCCAUCAAGGUGAACAUCUGCCUGCCCAUCUUCUUCAUCCUGGCCUGCCUGUUCCUCAUCGCCGUUUCCUUCUGGAUGACGCCCAAGGAGUGCGGGAUUGGCUUUGCCAUCAUCCUCAGUGGGAUCCCCAUUUACUUCUUCGGGGUCUGGUGGCAAAACAAGCCCAAGUGGGUUCUGCAAGGCAUCUUCUCCACCACCGUGCUGUGCCAGAAGCUGAUGGAAGUGGUUCCUCAGGAAUCCUAGGCAGGAGCAGCAGGGACUCUGAGCUCGAGGAAACGCACAACGUUGUUCUGAGAUGACACAAGGAUCCCACCCCUCACUCCCCAGUCCCUGGCACCGGAGCUGCCUCCUGCUGCCACCACUGCCCCGAGGCUCUGCUCAGCUCCUGCAGCCCCUCCAGCCCCUCCCAGCCCUGCAGAGCAGCCAGAAGUCCUUGGUACGAGCCAGGAGGAGGAAUUCCAAAGGGCACUUCCAGGGGGGUGCUGCCAGUGCCCUCUGUGUGUGUGUGAGGGCUGUGCCAGGCUCUGGGGGCUCCUUUGCUUUGGCUCUGGGAUCUGCUGGAGCCUGCUUUGAGUGUUCAGAGUGCCUGGGGGGAGCUGGGGCUGCCACGGAUUCCUGGGGGGUUCUGAGCUGCCUUACCUGGCCCGGGUGGGGGUGGGAAGCAGAGGUUGGCUGAUGUUGUCUCACUCCCCCAAACCCACACCCCCAUGUGCUGCUGGACACUGGACGUGGGGGGGCCUCAUCUGAGUGUCACUGUGCUCCUCACUCGGGGCCCCGCCACCCUUUGGAUUUGGAUCACCACUCUCAGAUCCAAGCCAGCUCCCUGCUGCUGAGCCAGUCCUCCAGGAUGCUCUUCCCCACAGUGCCCAUCCCUGGGAAUGAGCACUGAGGGGGGAAUUCCUGCUGGGAAACCCAGGAGCUGCAGUCAGCUGAGGCCAAGUCCUUGGCUUGCUCAUUCCAUGCUUUUCUGUGCCAGGCUUUCAUCCAGCAUGGGAUGAGCAGCUCUGUGCUCUCUCUCCUCAUGGCCCUGCUCAGGGAGCCAUGUUUGCCCCAUAACCAUCAGCAGAGAGAAAUAAAGGGUGGGGAUUGCCCUGGCACAUUCCCUGGGGUCUCUCCGUGCACUGCCUGGCGCUGUUCCCUUUGUCCUGCUGUGUUUCCUCUGGAAUGUGCCAUGGAGAUGGGAUCAACUGGCUCUGGGCUGUGGAGAAGGGCAGAUGCUCUGGCUGGCUGGAGCCCCCUUGGGCUGCUGGAGAUCAUGGAAUGGUUGGGUGGGAAGGGACCUUACAGCCCAUCCAGUGCCACCCCUGAAUGGCAGGGACACCUUCCACUGUCCCAGGCUGCUCCCAGCCCUGUCCAGCCUGGCCUUGGGCACUGCCAGGGAUCCAGGGGCAGCCACAGCUGCUCUGGGCACCUGUGCCAGGGCCUGCCCACUUCUGAAUAAGGAAAGUGAGCUCUGCUCUAAGGAGCAGGGCCUGGGGCUGAUCCUCCUUCGUGCACCAGGUCUGGCUUGCUGAGAUCCCAGCACCACCCUCCCGUUCCAGGAGCAAUCCCUGAGCACAAUCCAUGAUCUGCAUGUGAAAUCCUGGUUUGCUGCUGUGGGUGGUGCCAUCCCAUCCCUGAGCACCCCCAGAAUUCCUGUAGUUCCUGAGUAGUCAGCACUGUCCCCUUAGGGACACGUUGCUUCCUUUGGUCCAAAGUGUCACCUUUUGGAAAGCUGCAGUUCCUGAACCAUUUGCUCAUUGUGCCUCUGUGCUCUGACAUCACCUGGAAUUCUGGAAUUCAUUCUCACCUGGAAUUCUGACCUUUCCCCACUGGAGCUGCUUUGCUGUCUCUGUUGCAGAUCUUUGUGCUUGUGCUUUGUGCAGGUGGCUUGGUGAACUAUUUCCCAUUUUUUUUAAUCUUGGUCGUUGGGAAGCCGGGGUGCUCCGGGAGCUGUCGCUUCCCGUGGGUUCCCCUUGGAGCAGAGUUCUUUGGGGUGAAGGGGCAUUAAGGACACCAUGGUACUCCUCAGGCUUUGUCCUGGGAAGUUCUGCAGCACUGCAGGUGUGUUGGGGCAGGGGCAGCUCCUGCCCAGCUGUGUGGCCGUGUCCAGGUGCAGCUCCACACUCCCUCUUUGCCAGCCCCGUGUCCUGCUCCGAGGCAGGAAAAGGGGAGACAAUCAGCUCUUUAUUCCAUGGCAGCUGGGGUGGAGAUUCCCAAAUGAGCUCAGUGACAGUGUGGAGAUUCCCAAUGGCAGUGUGGAGAUUCCCAAUGCAGCUUUCUGGGAGCUGAGUUAAUCCAUGAGGAU